UCAGCCCUCCUUUCCACGUGGUCAGCCGCGGAGGAUUUUUUAAAAUAGUUAAGACGGAAAAGCAAGGUUGGGAGCCAUGGAAUCCCGCAGCGCAAUUCGUCUUCCUCCUUUGCCUCGGCUGGAGGGAGAAUCCGGAGUCUGCACCUUUGCAGGAAAGAGAUCCCAAGUAUCCUUUGAGGAGGUAGCUGUUUCCUUCACGGAGGAGGAAUGGGCUCUGCUGAAUACAGGCCAGAGAAAGGUCUUCUGGGAAGUGAUGGAGGAAAAUUACGAGAUGGUGGCCUCUCUGGGGGACUACAUUUCCCAGAAGGAACUGCAAGCUUCAAAAGGAUCAUCCCUGCUUUUUCCAGGUGACCAGGGCAUGGUUUUUCCUCAAGAAGGAUGCAGAAGUGUAUGGGAUCUGCAGUUCCACAGGGCCUCCCUUCUUUCCUGUUUCCCCCGGCUGGAGGGAGACUUUGGGUUUUGCGAGUCUGCAGGAAAGAGAUCCCGAGUGACCUUUGAGGAGGUAGCCGUGUUCUUCACGUUGAAGGAAUGGGCUCUGCUGGAUCCAGGCCAGAAGAAUCUCUACUGGGAUGUUAUGAAGGCAAAUUAUGAGACUGUGGCCUCUCUUGUUCAAGAUGGGAGGAAAACUGGUCAUGAGAUGGAAUCGGGAAUGGGAAUUGUGGGAAAAAGCAGCAGUCUGCAGGUGGAAGCAAAAUCUGGGGAUCAAGUGGGACCAGAGAGACAUUGCAGAAGAAAAAGGAAAGCAAAACAGAUGCAAAGAACAGAAUUGGUGCCCUGUCAGAGCAAAAAUAAGCCUGGGGUCUCAGCCCAAGAUGGAACAGACAAUAGAAGGAGAACGCCUAAUAGUGCCAUGAACCAAAAAGGGUUCCACAGCAAAGGCAGUGUUAAAACAUAUCAGAACAUUACAACGUGCUGGAAAAGGUAUAAAUGUGUGGAAUGUGGAAAGUGCUUCCAUUGGAGUAGUGCAAGAAGUAGGCAUCAAAGGAGUCACACGAGGGAAAAGCCUUAUAAAUGUUUGGAAUCUGGAAAGAGCUUCUAUAACAGUAAUAGAUUAACUUCAUAUCAAAAGGCUCAUACUGCGGAGAAGCCAUAUAAAUGCUUAGACUGUGGGAAGUGCUUUUCUCAGAAUAGCAGCCUAAGAAUACAUCAAAAUAUUCACACAGUGGAGAAGCCAUAUAAACGCUUAGAGUGUGAAAAGAGCUUUUCUCAGAAUAGCAACCAAAGAAUGCAUCAAAAGAUUCACACAGGGGAGAAGCCAUAUAAAUGCUUAGAGUGCGGGAAGUGUUUUUCUCGGAAUGACAGCCUAAAAAGACAUCAAAAGAUUCAUAAUGGGGACAGGUCACAUAAAUGUUUGGAGUGUGGAAAGUGCUUCUCUUUGAGUGGUGACUUAAGAACACAUCAAAGGAUCCAUACUGGGGAGAAGCCAUAUAAAUGCUUGGAGUGUGGAAAAUGCUUCCCUCAGAGUAGCAGCCUAAGAACACAUCGUAGGAUUCAUACAGGUGAGAAGCCAUAUAAAUGCUUGGAGUGUGGAAAGUGUUUCUCUGAGAAUGGUCACCUAAAAAUACAUCAAAGAAUUCAUAGUGGGGAGAAGCCAUAUAAAUGCUUGGUUUGUGGAAAAUGCUUUUCUCGGAAAGACAGCCUUAGAAUACACCAGCAGAGUCACACAGGGAACAAGCCAUAUAAAUGCUCAGAGUGUGGAAUGUGCUUCUCUUUUAACAGCAGCCUAACCGCACAUCAAAGGUUUCACACUGGGGAGAAGCCAUAUAAAUGCUUGGAGUGUGGAAAGUGUUUCUGCAGCAGUAGUUCCCUAAAGAAACAUCAAAAGAUUCACACUGAAGAGAAAUAUAAAUGGUUGGAGCCUGGAAAGUGUUUUUCUCAGAAUGGUGAGCUAACUACACAUCAAAAGAUCAAUACAGGGGAGAAACCAUAUAAAUGCUUAGACUGUGGAAAGUACUUUUCUCGAAGUGACAGUCUAAGAAUACAUCAAAGGAUUCAUAGUGGGGAGAAGCCAUAUAAAUGCUUGGAAUGUGGACAGAGCUUUUCUCGGAAUGACAGCCUAAGAUCACACCAGACGAUUCACACAGGGAAGAAGCCAUAUGAAUGUUCGGACUGUGGGAACUGCUUCUCUGGGACUGCACCCUUAAAAGCACAUCAAAGGAUUCAUACUGGGAAGAAGCCAUAUGAAUGCUUGGACUGUGGGAAGUGCUUCUCUGGGAAUGGACCCUUAAACAUACAUCGAAGGAUUCAUACUGGGGAGAAGCCAUAUGAAUGCUUGGAGUGCGGAAAGUGCUUCUCACAGAGUGGUGAUCUAAAGACACAUCAAAGGAUUCAUACUGGGGAGAAACCAUAUGAAUGCUUGGAGUGUGGAAAAUGUUUCUCUCAGAAUGGCAGUCUAACUACACAUCAAAGGUUUCACACAGGAGAGAAGCCAUAUAAAUGCUUGGAGUGUGGAAAGUGCUUUUCUCGGAAUAACGGGCUAAGAUCACACCUGAAGAUUCACACGGGGAAGAAGUUAUAUGAGUGA